AUGCAUCCGACAGAUGCUCAUCAAAUUGUCAAGGAAAGGAUGUCAUUUUUCGAGCAGUUAUGCAGAGAAGAGGUAGAAAUAAGAUAUAGCUUACAAAUUUUGUUUCGACUGGCAGUGUAUAAUAAUUCAGCUCAAGCCGUCUACUCAUCGAAGAGUUCGACCAACGUCGACGACAUCGCUGCCACAGUUCUCAUAUAUCUCAUCAUAACCAGACAUCUUUUCAAUAUUUUUGAUAUUGUUCGUAGUUUGUGCAUAACAACACCAUUAAGAGAGUCCCAUCCUCCACCAAAGCCUAAGCGCACCUUCAUGCACACGUUUGAUGAUAUCCGUGUUGAGGUCAUUGUUGACAACGGAGAACUCGCUGACCGGUACAUGGCUUCGAUUGUUAUGUGCGAUCGCUUCCUCUUCACUAGUGACCAUGAAAUGAUCAUUGUGAUCGUAUUGCGGUUACGCGACAAUCCUGUGUAUAAUGAGAAUGCCAAUAAUAUGAGCAUUCGUGAUCCCAAGCUUAUGAGACAGACAGAUUUAUAA